AUGCUGCUUUGGCCCGUCGAGCAUCGAAGUUUGGAUGUUUUUCUUUGGGGUCACGGUGGCCUUCUGCUGCCAGCCAAUCACAGCGCAGGGCUCGCCGUCUCCGGCCACAGCGCCAAAGUUGAUAGAUACGACGGCGGGCCAGAAGUCAACAACAUGGAUGGUGAAGAUGACGAUGAUGACGAUGAUGAACAAGAAAUAGUGAAUAAGUAA